UUUAUACAUCAAACAGUAAUAGCUGUACCUAUAGAAACUUGGUCGACUCAAUAUCGAUUCCGUCUCAUUAGCGAGCGGUUAACGCCAACUGCAGACGCUUCACACAUCAGAGGACCCGCGACACCAGACUUAUACCUCUCGGAAAUGGCUACCACCAGACUGGCAGUAGUGACGGGCAGCAACAAAGGCAUCGGGUAUGCCAUGGUCAAGGACUUGUGUCGGUUGUUCGACGGCGACGUUUACCUGACGGCCCGGGACGUCGGCCGGGGCCUGGCGGCGGUGGACCGGCUGAACGAGCUGGGACUGAAGCCCAAGUUCCAUCAGUUGGACGUGACCGACGCCGGUAGCGUGGCCGCUUUCGCCGCGUUCGUGGCCGACAACUACGCGGGCGUGGACGUGCUGAUCAACAACGCGGCGAUCUACUUCGAGCCUACUACCGCCCCCGAGCCGUUCAGCGUUCAGGCCGAGGAGACGGUCCGCGUCAACUACUUCGCCCUGCGGUCCGUGUGCGACGCGCUGUUUCCUCUGCUCAAGGCAGGCGCGCGCGUGGUCAAUUUGUCCAGCUCAUUUGGCCGUCUGUCCUUGUUCCCCGGCGAAGAACUCAGGCGGAAGCUGUCGUCGCCCCAGUUGACCGUCGACGAGCUGGACGCGCUGGUCCGGCAGUUCGUGGACUGCGCCAAGGCCGGCAACCACGCGGAAGCCGGAUGGCCGUCGAACCCGUACACCGUGUCCAAGGUGGCAGUCAGUGCGCUUACGUUCAUACAGCAGAGGGCGUUCGACGCGGACCCCAGGGCCGACAUCGUCGUCAACAGCGUCCACCCCGGAUUUGUGGACACGGACAUGACCAGUCACAAGGGGACGCUGACCGUCGAACAGGGCGCCGAACUUCCGGUGUACCUGUCCCUGUUGCCGCCGGGCGAACGCGACGUCAAAGGCCGGUUCGUGUGGUGCGACAAAACCGUUAAGGACUGGACCACAUUUUGAGACGGUGCUUUUACGAUGAUGCUCGGCCACGGAGGUACUCGCCAUUUUUCACGUAUGCAAAUCACUUAGAAUCUAACUGCCCGUGUCUAUACUCUAUUUGUACACACAUUCCGUAUACUUAAUAUUGUGUAUUUUUUUAGGAAAAUUUUAUGUUUAUUAUUAAAUUAUUCGAUUUGGUACCGCUCAAACUGUGUUACUUUUGUACUGUUUCAGAUGACAUAUAUUAUGUUAUCACAAUAUAAUAAUACUUUUUUAAUCACAA